AGUCUUAUCAGUACAGCCCUGUCCUUUUUUAUGAAGGAAGGGUUUGACGUCAAAGCGUUGCGAGCAUUCCGAGUUCUAAGGCCAUUGAGACUAGUUUCUGGAGUGCCAAGUUUACAAGUUGUUUUGAAUUCCAUUCUGAAAGCCAUGGUGCCUUUACUUCAUAUCGCUCUCCUCGUGGUGUUCGUCAUCAUCAUCUAUGCCAUCAUCGGGCUGGAGCUGUUCUCAGGAAAGCUGCAUCAGACCUGCUACAUCAACGGGACAAACGAGUUUGCGGAGUCGGAGCCGCACCCUUGCGGCGAGUCCGGCUUCGUCUGCGACGCCUCGGAGGGCCACGUGUGCCGGGGCUACUGGACCGGCCCCAACUUCGGCAUCACCAACUUCGACAACUUCGGCCUGGCGAUGCUCACCGUCUUCACCUGCGUCACCAACGAGGGCUGGACAGGCGUGCUGUACAACAUCAACGAUGCAAUGGGCAACGAAUGGCCUUGGAUCUACUUCAUAAGCCUCAUUAUCCUGGGUUCGUUCUUUGUGCUCAACCUGGUCCUGGGUGUACUCAGCGGAGAGUUUUCCAAGGAGAGAGAGAAGGCCAAAGCUCGGGGCGACUUUCACAAGCUGAGGGAGAAACAGCAGAUCGAAGAGGACCUGCGAGGCUAUCUGGACUGGAUCACGCAGGCAGAGGACUUAGAACCAGACGACAAGGAGGCCGCCGAGGACCGGCUUAAGCACCAGGAGUCUUGGGUGCAAGGGAAAAGAGCGAGCCAAGAAGCCGACCGGGAGCAGCAAAGAGACCGGGACAGCGCCAGCGGGGACGUGGUCGUGCCAUCCUGGUGGACGGCCAAAAGCAAGCAGCUGAGUCGGACGAACCGGCGUCUCCGUCGGGCGUGCCGCAAGGGCGUCAAGUCGCAGGCCUUCUACUGGAUCGUCAUCGUGCUCGUGUUCCUGAACACGCUCACGCUCGCCUCAGAGCACCACAAGCAGCCGCCCUGGCUUGACCACUUCCAAGACGUGGCGAACAUGUUCUUCGUUCUGCUCUUCACGCUGGAGAUGCUGCUGAAGCUGUACAGCCUGGGAUUCCAGGGCUACUUCGUGUCCCUGUUCAACCGCUUCGACUGCUUCGUCGUCAUUAGCUCCAUCCUGGAGACGGUCUUCACCUACACGGACAUCAUGCCGCCGCUCGGUGUGUCGGUGCUGCGAUGCGUCCGUUUGCUGCGCAUCUUCAAGGUCACCAAGUACUGGGCAUCGCUGCGCAACCUGGUGGCGUCGCUGAUCAACUCGAUGCGCUCCAUCGCCAGCUUGUUGCUGCUGCUGUCUCUGUUCAUCGUGAUCUUCGCCCUGCUCGGCAUGCAGGUGUUCGGCGGGAGGUUCAACUUCCGGCCGACAGAGGACAAGCCGCGCAGCAACUUCGACACCUUCUGGCAGGCCCUUCUUACCGUCUUCCAGAUACUAACGGGCGAAGACUGGAACGUGGUGAUGUACCACGGAAUCAAUGCCUUCGGUGGAGUCGGCUCUUCCGGAGUGUUGGCGUGUGUUUACUUUAUCAUACUUUUCAUCUGUGGUAACUACAUUCUGCUCAAUGUGUUCUUGGCCAUUGCUGUGGACAACCUGGCUGACGCUGAGAGUCUCACUGCCAUCGAAAAGGAGGAAGAGGAAGAGGAGGAGGAAGAGGAAGAAGGAGGCGAGGAGGCGAAGCCCAGUAAAAAGAGGAGGCGACGGAAGAAGCGGCGACGGAGGCGUCCCAAGGAGCCCGAGGAAGCCGGGCCCGAGGACGCCGAAAAGCCCGAGCUGAGGGCCACGGACGCCGGACACAUGAACCACGCGCCCCUCAUCAGGAUAUCCAAGGAGAAGUUAGACAAAACUCAAGUACAAAUCAAGGUGGAAGAUGCAGAUGUCGAGGAGACGGCCGUAAACAAUCCAGCUGACCACGAUGAAAGCGACGAAAAUGAGGAAGACGAGGAAGACGACGAAGAAGAUGACGACGACGACGAAGACGACGACGAAGAUGACGACGAAGACUACGAGGACGAGGAGGAGUCCGAGGAAAGUGACGAAGAAGACGAAGAGUCCGUAGCGUCUGCCCGGCCCCGCCGCAUGUCCGAGCUGAACAUUCAGACCAAGAUACGCCCCAUUCCCAAAGCCAGCUCCUUCUUCAUCUUCUCACACGACAACAGGAUACGAAUCCUUUGCCAUAAGAUCAUCAACCACAGCUACUUCGGCAACUUCAUCCUGGUCUGCAUCCUCGUGAGCAGCGGAAUGCUGGCAGCCGAAGACCCCCUGCGCUCAAACACCUACAGAAACCAGAUCUUGAAUUACUUCGACUACUUCUUUACUACCGUCUUUACCAUUGAGAUCACACUCAAGGUGAUCACGUACGGAGUAAUUUUGCACAAAGGCUCCUUCUGCAGGAGCUAUUUCAACCUUCUAGACGUCCUUGUCGUCUGCGUUUCCCUCAUUUCUUUUGGAUUUGGAGACGGGACCAUUUCGGUGGUGAAAAUCCUCCGUGUCUGCCGUGUAUUACGUCCACUCAGGGCCAUCAACAGAGCGAAGGGCCUCAAGCACGUGGUGCAGUGCGUCAUAGUGGCUGUGAAGACAAUCGGCAAUAUUAUGUUGGUGACGUUCCUGCUCAAUUUCAUGUUCGCUGUCAUCGGUGUGCAACUCUUCAAGGGAAAGUUCUUCAAAUGUUCAGACCCUUCCAAAAUGACACAACCCGAUUGCAGGGGAAAGUUCAUCAUCUACCAGGGCGGAGACAUCACGCGUCCUGUGGAAGAGGCACGCUCGUGGGACCGCAACAACUUCCAUUUUGACGAUGUCCUCAAGGCCAUGCUCACGCUGUUCACCGUGUCCACCUUCGAGGGAUGGCCAGACCUCUUGUACGUGGCCAUCGACUCCAAUGCGGAAGACCACGGGCCCAUGCACAACUACCGACCCCUCGUGGCGGUCUUCUUUAUUGUGUACAUCAUCAUCAUCGCUUUCUUCAUGGUUAACAUCUUCGUGGGCUUUGUCAUUGUCACGUUCCAAAACGAGGGAGAGCAGGAGUACAAGAACUGCGAGCUGGACAAGAACCAGAGGAACUGCAUUGAGUUUGCCCUGAAAGCGAAGCCCGUGCGCCGCUACAUCCCCAAGGCUCGGUACCAGUACAAGAUGUGGUGGUUCGUCACCUCUCAGUAUUUUGAAUACGCCCUUUUUGUCCUCAUCAUGACCAACACCCUCACCCUUGCCAUGAAGUUCUACGGUCAAUCGGACACCUACACGUACGCCCUGGACAUCAUGAACAUGAUUUUCACAGCGGUUUUUGCGCUUGAGUUUGUCCUCAAGAUUGUGGCCUUCAGGUUCAAGAACUAUUUCGGGGAUGCCUGGAACGUGUUCGACUUCAUCAUCGUCCUUGGAAGCUUCAUCGACAUUGUCUACUCCGAAGUAAACCCCGGAACCAACAUCAUAAGCAUCAACUUCUUCCGUCUGUUCCGCGUGAUGCGCCUCGUCAAGCUCCUGAGCAAGGGCGAGGGCAUCCGCACCCUCCUCUGGACCUUCAUCAAGUCCUUCCAGGCCCUCCCUUACGUCGCCCUGCUAAUUGUGAUGCUCUUCUUCAUCUACGCAGUCAUUGGGAUGCAGUUGUUCGGCAAGAUCGGCCUCGAGAACGACAGUGCCAUUGACAGGAACAACAACUUCCAGACGUUUCCACAGGCUGUGCUUGUAUUGUUCCGAUCCGCCACCGGCGAGUCCUGGCAGGAGAUCAUGCUGUCAUGCCUGAACACAAAGGAGGCCAAAUGCGACAAGUCUUCAGAAGAAGGGGACCAGGCCCCAUGCGGGAGCGACGUUGCCCUCAUCUACUUCAUCUCCUUCUACAUCCUGUGCUCCUUCCUGAUCAUCAACCUGUUUGUAGCAGUGAUCAUGGACAACUUUGAUUACUUGACACGGGAUUGGUCCAUCCUGGGGCCUCACCACUUGGACGAGUUCGUGCGACUGUGGUCAGAGUAUGACCCGGAUGCCAAAGGCCGGAUAAAGCACUUGGACGUGGUGACGCUGCUUCGAAAGAUCCAGCCUCCCCUGGGUUUCGGCAAGUUGUGCCCACACAGGGUGGCCUGCAAGAAACUGGUGUCGAUGAACAUGCCGCUCAACAGCGACGGCACUGUCAUGUUCAACGCCACUCUGUUUGCUGUCGUCCGCACCUCGCUCAAGAUCAAGACGGACGGAAACAUCGACACUGCCAACGAGGAGCUGAGGGCAAUCAUCAAGAAGAUUUGGAAGCGCACGAGCCCCAAGCUAUUGGACCAGGUAGUUCCCCCCGCAGCGGACGAUGAUGUGACGGUCGGGAAGUUCUACGCCACCUUCCUGAUCCAGGACUACUUCCGACGGUUCAAGAAGCGCAAGGAGGAGCGAGCAUCCCAGAAGGAACCCAACGAGAGCACCGUCGCCCUGCAGGCGGGUCUUCGAGAGCUGCACGAGAUGGGACCCGAGAUCCGGCGGGCGGUGUCGGGAAACCUGGACCAGGAUUUCGAAGAAGGACAGGACAACGAACCAAUGCACAGACGGAACCACACAUUGUUCGGAAGCAUGUGGUCCUCGAUGCGGGCGGCCAGUCGACCGGGCGGUGCGGGGGCCCGGGGCGGCACGCCGCACCACCACGGCUACGCCCACGCCCGGGUGUCUCCCACGGCCUCGCUGGACGUGUCCGUGCGACCACACCAACGCCGGCCCCGCCACGACAACCACGUGCAGCUGCGGAAGGACGGCGGGCCGCCCCCACUGAGACGCCCCAGCUCGUCCAGCACGAGUGCCGACGACGACGACGAAAGCUACGGUGGCGGCGCGGCUCGGGCCCCCACGCCGCCCCCUCGGCGCGGCCUGGUCGGGGCGGUGCGCACAGGCAGCUUCCGACUGCCAUGCCUGAGCAAGCAGGACAGCCACGAGCGGCCCAUCCUGAGCUGCAGCUCGAGCUCGCACGAGACGCCGCCGCCGGGACCCUCUACGAGGCGCGCCCUGGCCAUGCACAGGAUCGCGGCGUCGCUGCGCCAGGCGCCGCUGCCGGCCAUGGCCGUCGCCGGCAUGGUGGCAGCACCGGCGAGUCCCGCCGCGAUCCGAGGAGGCAGUCCAGGACGCUUCCUGCCCACACACAGGGCAUCCUACCACGGAUCGUCGAGGGGCAGCCCGGGACUGGACGCCAACCACCUGGUCAGUCCCAUGGGUGGCCGUCGCCUCCAGGAACCCCUGGGCGUGUUCAUUGGCAGCGCCGAGAACCUCGUCGGACGGGUGCUCCACGAGCAGGGUCUGGGCAAGUACUGCGACGCGGACUUUGUCCGCGCCACGCAGCGGGAACUGGCCGAGGCGUUCAACCUGACCCAGGAAGAGAUGGACCGUGCCGCCCACGAAAUCCUCCAGGCCGAACGCCGGCGCAGCCUCCCCUACCUGCACAGCUCCAGCUCGGACGGCCUGCACCUGGACACCGGCAACACCAACGCCGACCCGCCCCAGCAGCAGGACACCACGACGCCCGCGACGACCACGACACCCCCACCGCAACGCACACAAAACGGAAAGACAGGAGGCCUAAAGGACACCUCCUUAUAGCGACGGCGAGAACUAUUUCCCAUCCCUGGAUUUCGCUGACAGAAGUAUUCGCUCGCGAUGCUCCCCCGUCUCACUACAGGAAAAUCUUCGCUACCGUACGGGAGAUGCUCCUGGUGACGGCGACACUUGCCCGGAUUCAUCCGGUAGAAGACCUGGCUGUCGGUGCUUCGCCGUCUUACCAAAUGAAGAUUGAAGUCUGCAGCACGCGAGGAGACGCGGCGUCAUGGCUGCUUUUUCCGGCUGCAUGUCAUCAGCUGAGGGCCUUCAGACGACUUGUUAUUUUAAGCGCAGGCGUUCGUCAAGAAGCUCCGGCGAAAAAAUCCCACGACAAGCUCCGUUUUAGCUGGACUAUUUUCACUGGUCGACAACGCUGUUUUCGGACGGAGGAAGCAAACUCGAAAGCGUUCGAGCGCAGAACCUUGUUAGAGUUUGGUCUAGGCUCAAACAUUGUAUUUUGGAGCUCUAUCUCUUUCUUCACUUCCACUCGCGGCUGCUUCUCUAGCUGUGUGUACAUAGCUGUACAGAACUCUAGCGCGUUCCCUGCGGCGCGCGCCUUGGUCCAUCUCCCCCUUGCGCCGUCGUGACGCUCUCUCAGUGCCUUCUCAAGAAAUGCGGAACGCGUUGUGAUGCAUUUGGAUAGCGGUCCUCGCGGUGUCAAGCGACCCGCCGGCCCGGAGCGGCCUGCACCGCGAGGGACACACCCAGGAGCCAGGUUUCUCGAGCAGAGAAGCACCCCAGGCCUCCAGGGCGGCAGCCAAGAGUUUGGUGCAUUUGAAGAUGGUGAAGCCGCCUGGCUUCUGUGGAGAGACUUUCCUUUUCUUUGCCCGGUUCUCGGCAUCUCAUGUACGACUUUUAUUGGCAUAGGUCAUCGUUGUUGAAGUACGCCUUUGGUUAGAUGCGUUUUAGACCUUAUCAUAUACUAUAGGGGCGCCGCAUCGAGGUGCCCCGUUCACGGUGUACUUUGAAUUUUGCGCUUUAGGUGUACAUUAUCGAAGCGGCGAUCAUGUCGCCUGCACGGGCAUUUCCCCCGUUUUGGUGUGGACAAGCCGCACUGGACCGGAUGACGCUGCGGGAAUCAGCGCCACUCGGCAGACCUUUGUCAUGGCGUAGCAUUGUUGCCUGUCCCGUUCUCGGGCCGAUCCGGGUGCGCCUUGUGCUCUUCAGUGAAACUCACGAUACAAUCGUCCUAAUCAAUUCAAAACGAGCGGUAAAACGACUUAUUCGGCAGCAGCAAGUGACGCGGUGUAGAGCCCGUGGCUCUUCCAAACCUCCCAGGAGGUUCAGCGUCACGGUCCCUUGUCUGCUGCCCGUAGCGCCGAAGGCCAGUGCGGCUUGUCCCCUUGCGCCGCCGAAUGAUCGGCUUGCGUUUUUGGGCAACAUUGCCAUCGGCACCCUGUGGACCAUAGUGCUGUUGUCUUGUCCGAGGCUCCAAACGUGGCGCUCGUGACGGUGCCGCGCAGCCCAGUGGCGUAGAUAUGCAUGCGAAACUUUCAUUAGCGCCAGCUUUGACUUAGCGUUGUUUUAACGGAUUUGGCGGCGUUUUUUCAAAGUGCCUGUAUCGAACUGUACCCGUUGGGCAUUUGUCCCCUUUUUGCACUUUUUAAAACGUUGUGAUACACGGAGCCUCUCGGGCGCUGCUUUGUCCAGGUCCGGUCUCACACAAAAGGGGUAGCCAGCCUGGUUGCUGAUUGGUCGACGGAAUGCGAGGAGCCGUCAUAUUUUAAAAGCCUCUUGUUAAUUAGAAGAAGAAAAAAAAAGAAGGCCCCUAGCGGAUCCCGACAAAUAUUUUACGAGGCUCAGAACGGUUCGUAGAUAAGCAUGUUCACGCUUCGGGUUUAGGCCAAGCUUUGCGGUAUUGUCGAGAUCGGUGAUUCAACACUAGGGCCACUGAAUGUUCGCAGAAUGCCGCCACUCUCAAGCAUCGAUUUGCCGCGGUGCGAUGGCGCGCCACCAUCGAAUUGGCCUCGAUCCUUACGCUGCUUUUUAGUGCCCCUUUUGCUCAGAUCUCGGCGAGUUGCAGGUUGUUCGACAUCCAUCCAUAGCAAGAAUGAUGUGUGUGGCAGUGAGCUCAGCAAAGCUUGCGGAGAGACACGACCAAUUACGCGGGGGCAGCUUAUCCGCCAAAGCACAGAAAGGCAGCCCUUUUGAGGGUUCCGGGCAUCGAGCUAUUCCGAAGGCGCUCACCCUCGCUGACCCCCUAGUGGAAGUUAUCUGGCGUCAAAAUGGCCGCCCCACGGGUGAGCCUCGUGAAAAUUUGAUCCGGGGACUCAGUCAGUCAUUGGCUCUGGGAGGUACUCUGAGAGCAUUCGGUGGUUCCAAGCUCUCGACACGAGACUCUAGCCUUAGGCGCGUUUUGUACUGCGGCCUCGCGGUCGAAGCUACUUGGGGGCGCCGCUUUUCGGGGCUCUUGGGAGCCGGUUAGCUGCCCGGCUUUGCAGCGCGCGCUUAGUUUGGGCCACGGAGGCUGAUGCGUGUGCCAAAGCUGCUGCGGCCUCUGCGCACCCUUUUUGUUUCAUUGUUCGCACUCCGCUUCUGUACACAUCUUCGCUGGUGCUGUGUGACGCGCAACGGGGCAGCUUCACGACACAAAGCUCAAGUCAAGCGCAUUUUCAUCGACGCCAGUGACGGCUCGUCGUAGCCCUCGUCGUUUGCGCAUCUCCCGCCGAUGAAAACCCUCCAAAUUUGAGACGGCAAGCGACUGUUGUUUGGCGUCGAUAGAAAUGCGCCGUACGCAUCGUGCAUUUCACGUACAUUAGCUCUAGUAUUUGAUAUAAAAAAAUAAUACAAAGAAAGAAACGCCGUUACCGUAGGCAUUUACUCACUACCCGCUGUUGAUGGAAACUGCAGAUGUAAGCACUGACUCACAAACCCCGCAUGCAAAGAGUGAGAGAGAGGUUUCGUUGGAGUUGUUUUUUCUUUCCCAUUGUCAGCAAACGUUCAUCUGCAGUGAAACAAGGUGUGUGCAAUCUUCACAUGCGACUGUUUUUAGGCGAACGUAGAACAACACACGGACAAUCAAUGUUUUCAAGUUUUAACGCCGCUAUAAACAUUUGGGAGGUUAAUCAACAUCCUGUUGUUUUUCCCAUCAGAGUCUUUAAUAAAAUCUUUGUAAAUUCUCAGGUAAAGGGACAAUUAGAAAAUCUGGUGGCAGUAUUUAAGUACUGCUUAAAGUAAAACUAGUGUGACAAAAAAAAAAAGUGCGGUUUGUGGCACGAAAAAUUCAAGAGACCCUGCCCCAUUAGCAGCCGCAGAAAUAAGCGAGAGUUCACCUAUUCUGCGACGACCAAGGUACCCGGGAUGCACACUUGCGCCACUGGCAUGAUUGAGAAGAAACGUGAUUACGCUCGAUGUAUUUUGAUACCCGUUGAUGAUUUCUUGACGGCGAAAUAAUUUUACUGCCUCUGGCUAUCGAAAACCGCGGCAGUAAGCGGUGGUCAUAACUGUCAUAAAACGCCACCAGCGAAAAGCCAAAAAAGGAUGGGUGUGAGUCUAGAAGAAGACAAAAUGCUCGCUUUUAUAAGAAGAUGGCGAAGUUGCAUAUUUUCUUUAACAUCGUCGAGCACUCGCAUUAUAUCAUUCAGUGUCCUGCAGUUACACGACGCUAUUUGCGGGGUUUCCUUGCUGUUUCUUGUGCUUUUGAACGGGUGACCUGUUGCUUUGCCCAUUUUCUCUGUCUGGUUUGUGUGCCGUGGGCCGAGAGCCUUGCUUGCAGACCACGCGCAAUCAUUCACGGCUGAGCAGUAACAACUCACUCUACGAUGUACUACCAUGUUAUACGAAGACGUAUGACCGUCGCGUCACACCUCUAUACACCACGGUAGAUUGGAGGACUGCCCAAACGGCACUCGCAUAUGUAAGUAUUAGGAAUUAUUGCAACACUCUCAAUGUCAACUAUCUUUCUCUAGAUUAUUGCCUUCUUGUAUUUACUUUGUGAUCGACGCUUGAAGACGCUCACGUCAUGGACCGAGUGACCAUUGUAUUUGUUUUCACAACUAAAGGUUCUGCUGAAAAUCCA